CUGCAUGCACUUGGCGGAUUAUGAACAAAUGAAUAGGAAUGCCUUGAAUUUGAAGCAGUUUAAACGUGUUCGUGAGAAUGUGAGAGAUUGGGUGAACACCUAACCUAAUCCUCUUAAAAGACUGCAGGUAUUAUGCUGAGCCGUGGAGAGGUGUGAGCUGUCAUCCUGCGGUGCGCCCUUGUAGCCGCUCACCAAAAACUAGAGUCAGCAUCUCUCAACCAAUCCCUUUGCCUUAGCGCACACAGCUGGAGAGAGACCUCGCGUCUAGAACACCUCUAUCACAACAACUCAGCGAUUAAAGUUUGGAGCUGGGACAUCAUGCCAGGACUAUGACAUUAAAACAGACUAUGCUGAGGAUGUGUGCUGACCGCUCGCUGAACUGCAUUAUUUGGCUAACUAAUGCUACUGGACCCGUUCCCAUAAGCCUAACCAUGCAUCUGACACGGGCCUAAUAAUCCGCUGUGGGAACCAAGACCACUCUGGCAGCGGUGAACAAUGCAUUUGCCACAAAGACGGAGACUCAAUCGGAGUCGCAUCCUCUUCUUCCUCUCUGGUGUGUUACUGUGCUGCGUCUACACCGUGACGUUCAAGGCCCGGCUGCAGGAGCCACGGGUGGCCCGCCAGGCCGCUGCAGAGGAGGACCCUGGGACAGCACUCCCAGAGGAAGGGGGCGGUGGUGAUAGUACUAGUGUUCUGGAGGUAGACGCACGAGAGGUGGUGACCUCUAACCUCUCUAGCCUAACAGAGAGCUAUAAUGAUGACGUCAUCACCAGGGCUCCGACUGUGCUGGAGGGGGAUGACGUCAUCGUGAUCACUGUCAACAGGACGGACAUUAAGCACUGUAUCUACGUAGAGGACCCUGAACCUGAGCCUCCGACUGAACCUCCUCCCACCUCGCCUCCUCCUAACACCACCACCUCCCCGGGUAUCCCUGGAGACCUCCCCCACAGGAAGGGAGAGUACCCAGAGGACCUGUUCACAGUGGACCAGAGGAGGCAGGGCUGGGUGACCCUCCACAUCCUGGGCAUGGUCUACAUGUUCGUCUCCCUCGCCAUCGUCUGUGACGAGUUCUUCGUCCCGGCGCUCGGCGUCAUCACCGUGAAGCUCGACAUCUCCGACGACGUCGCCGCGACCUUCAUGGCUGCAGGAGGCUGCCCCGAACUGUUCACCUCUCUGAUUGGCGUGUUCAUCUCCCAUAGCAACGUGGGCAUCGGUACCAUCGUGGGAUCAGCAGUGUUCAACAUCCUGUUUGUCAUCGGGAUAGAGAUGUGUGCCAUCUUCUCCAGGGAGAUGCUCCACCUCACCUGGUGGCCUCUGUUCAGAGACGUCUCCUUCUACAUCAUAGAUCUGAUCAUGCUGAUCGUGUUCUUCUUGGACAACACCAUCAUGUGGUGGGAGAGCGUAAUGCUGGUGUCGGGUUACGUGGCCUACGUCUGCUUCAUGAAGUUCAACGUGCAGAUCGAACACUUCGUCCAGACGCAGAUCAACAAACACAAGAGCAUCGUCAAGAUCAUCAUGCCAGAGGAGGAGGAGAAGGAGAAGGAACCCAAGAAGGUGAAGCCCACUCUCCAGAGAGGAGGCAGUAAUGCGUCUCUCCACAACAGCACCAACAGAAACACCAUCUUCCAGUUGAUGAUCCACACUGGACCCACUGGGAGAAGGAGCGGACUGGUGGCGACGGGAAAGAUGCAAGAAAACGCGACAGGACCAGGUUUGGAGAGCGCUGCUCUAAUGGGCUACUCCACACCACAGCUCUGGGUCUCCCCCAGGACCAGGUUUGGAGAGCGCUGCUCUAAUGGGCUACUCCACACCACAGCUCUGGAUGCCAGGGGACUUGGGGACCUGAGACAGGCUUUAGCAGAGAUGUUAGAGGCCCUGGUCAGAGGAGAGUUAGACAAGUGUGGUAUGUUGAUGUAA